AUGAAGAAGAGCGAGGAAGCGAAGUGUUUGUAUUGUGACAUGGAAAAUCACCUUACAGCAGAAUGCAAGGCCCUAGGAAAGAAACCUCAUGAGGAGAAACUUGCAUUUUGCAAAUCCAAAGGACUGUGCUUUGCCUGCCUUCAGUCUUCACAUCUUGCCAGGGACUGUAAACAGAGGACGACCUGCAAGAUUUGUCAAAGGUUACACCCCACCCUUCUUCAUAGAGAUUGGGCACCAUCGAAACAAGUGAAAAGGAAUGGUGAAUCAGAGAAACAACGUACUAAUGACGACGUUGGAGCUAAUAGGAAGAAGGAGGAAAGCUCGGAAGGACAAACAGAAGGAGAAGAAAUUGGAAAUGAAAAUUUCCCAGACGUAAAGCGCACGUUAUCCAACCGCACUUCUAUGCAGGACUCCCAACCGGCCAUUGUGCCUGUGACUGUACGCUCAAAGCAGACAGGGAAAUGUGUACACACAUACGCAUUCAUUGACAACGGGAGUAACGCAACUUUCUGCACAGAAGAGUUAAAAAACAAACUAAAUGCCAAAGGAAGAACGCGCACUAUCCAGCUUCAAACAUUAACAGAUGAUAAGCUGGUCAAGACCUGCAUACUGCAAGACCUGGAGGUAGCUGAUGUGAAUGAGAACACAUAUAUACCACUUUCUGACGUCUACAUACAGCCCAUCCCUGUAGACAAGUCAGACAUACUGAGAAGGAAUGACAUUGCAAGAUGGCCCUACUUACAAGAAAUAAACUUGCCGGAGAUCAAUGCAGACGUGGGCAUCCUCAUUGGCAAUAACGUCCCUAAAGCAAUGGAACCACUGCAGGUUAUCAAUAGUCAGAAUGACGGACCAUUCGCUUGCAAAUCUAUCAUAGGGUGGAUGGUUUUUGGAAGCUGCAAGCAAGAGAGAAGUGGGUCCAAGAUAGCCUCCCACAGAGUCCACGUGAUGGAAGAUAUUCAGCAACAGCUAAAUAAUCUCUACAACACUGAGUUUUCAGAACGCUUGAUGGAAGAUAAAGUCGAAGAAUCCAAAGAGGAUAAACGAUUUAUGGAAAAGGUUGAAGGAUCCAUCAAGCUAACACAAGGGCAUUACCAAAUCGGACUGCCAUUCAAGGGAGACGUCGACCUGCCCAACAACAGGCUCAUGGCAGAGCAGAGACUCAACCACCUGCAGAGGAAGUUCGCUAGACAGCCGCAGUUCCAUAGGGAGUAUGCAGGGUUUAUGGAUAAGGUGCUGAACAAACAGUACGCUGAAAGAGUACCAGAAGACGAGUUCCUUAGAGAAGAUGGAAAGAUGUGGUUUAUUCCUCACCACGGUGUAUAUCACCCACAGAAGCAAAAAAUUAGAGUGGUGUAUGACUGUGCAGCUUCUUUCAAGGGCAAGUCACUGAAUGACAAUCUUCUACAGGGGCCGGACCUCACAAAUAGUUUGGUGGGUGUAUUAACAAGGUUUCGUCAAGACCGCAUAGCAGUAAUGGCAGACAUAGAAGCCAUGUUCUCACAAGUGAAACUGCUAAAGGAAGAAAAGGAUCUACAUCGAUUUCUGUGGUGGCCAGAUGGCAAUGUCGCUCAACCUAUUGAGGAAUACCGCAUGACUGUUCAUGUGUUUGGGGCUAGAUCUUCACCAGCUUGUGCCAAUUAUGCCCUGAAGCACACAGCAGAAGACUUUGCAGAGGACAAGGUGGCACAUAUCAUCAAGCGCAACUUUUAUGUUGACGAUUGUUUGUACUCAAGCUCAACAGUCCAGGAAGCUGCAGAGCUAUCAGAGGGCCUACAAGAAGCUUGUAAGAAAGGAGGAUUCCACCUCACAAAAUGGGUGAGCAAUGACAGAAGAGUAUUGAAUGCCAUACCCAAGGAGGAGAGAGCAAGUACAGUGCAGGAGCUAGACUUUGACAAGGACAAGUUGCCAACAGAGAGGGCACUUGGCAUGCUGUGGCAUACAGAUGAAGAUGUUUUCAGUUUCAAGAUUCAGCUGAAAGACAAGCCAGCCACAAGGAGGGGUAUCUUGUCAACAGUGUGCUCCCUGUUCGAUCCACUAGGAUGUGCUUCCCCAGUGCUACUCCCUGCAAAGCACUUACUUCAGACCCUCUGCCGACUAGGAUUAGGAUGGGACGAGACGAUUCCACCAGACCUGCUGAAAAAAUGGGAAACAUGGAAAAGAGAACUCCCAAGACUGUCAGACUUUAAACUUUCCAGGUGUUUGAAGCCAGAGGGGUAUGAAAACCCAAAGUCUGUGACACUGCACCAUUUUGCAGAUGCAAGUGAGAAGGGAUAUGGAACAGUGUCAUACUUGCGAAUGGUGAAUACCAGGGAUGAAGUCCAAUGCUCAUUCCUCUUGAGCAAAUCUAGAGUGGCCCCUCUUAAACAGACGUCGAUCCCGAGAAUGGAGCUUACAGCCGCCACGGUAGCAGUAAGGAUAGACAAAAUGGUAAAACAAGAACUUGACAUCCCAGUAGAUGAGACCUUCUUCUGGACUGAUAGUACCUCUGUACUACAGUAUAUCCAAAGCGAAACAGGGAGGUUCAAGACAUUCGUCGCCAACCGAGUUGCCCUGAUACAAGAAGGAUCUGAAUCAAGUCAAUGGCACCACAUAGAAACUUCGCUGAAUCCGGCAGAUGUAUGCUCCAGGGGAGUCAAGGUAGAUCGAUUCCUAGCAAUGAGAUUCUGGAAGGAAGGACCCGAAUUUCUUCAAGCUUCAGAGGACCAGUGGCCUAAGCAACCCAGAAAUGCAUCACACGACGUAAACAAUGAUCCCGAGGUGAAGAAGAAGAAGAUGUACGUUACAGAGGUCUCGGAAGUAACGGCCAGUGAGAGCAAAUGUAUGGCCACUGCUGUGAGCAAAGAGGAAGAAGAUGAUGUCCUGGAAAGAUUGAUCAACCAUUAUUCAGACUGGUACCACCUCAGAAAGGGAGUAGCAUGGCUACUAAAAUUGAAAGGGCUGCUGAAAGAGAAAAUGAAAGGUCAGCAGAACACACGAGAGAAUCCACCCAUGUUAUUGACAGUGGAAGAUAUUAGACAAGCUGAGGAAGCAAUACUGAUACACGUUCAAGACAGAGCGUUCCCAGUAGAGGUUGUGGCUUUGAGGAAACAGGCACACGAUGUCAACCAAAGGACAGGAAGGUUGCAGCCAGGGGUCAGAAAAUCAAGCCCUAUCUACAAAUUAGACCCUCAGAUGGACAAUGGCCUACUUAGAGUAGGAGGAAGACUUAACAAGGCAGCCUUGCCUGAAGAAGCAAAACAUCCAGUCAUCCUACCAAAGAGAGGACAUGUGUCUGAACUCAUCUUGCGGCACAUUCAUGAAAACUCAGGACAUAUGGGAAGAAACUAUGUCUUGGCAAAACUCCAGCAACGAUAUCACAUAGUUGGUGCAAUUUCAGCCUUCAGGAAAGUCGUCAAGAAAUGUGUCAAGUGCCGACGUCAAAGAGGGCGGGUAAUCCAACAGAAGAUGGCCGACCUACCCAUAGACCGACUGAGACCGGACGAUCCACCUUUUACACGAGUUGGAGUCGAUUAUUUUGGGCCGAUAGGAGUGAAAAGAGGACGCUCUACAGUCAAGAGAUAUGGCGUAGUGUUCACUUGCCUCGCCAUUCGGGCCAUACACAUAGAGAAGGCUGAUUCACUAGAUACGGAUUCCUGUAUCGCAGCAAUUCGGAGAUUUAUUGCUCGAAGAGGAGCAGUCAGAGAAAUGAGAUCGGACAAUGGAACGAACUUGGUUGGGGCUGAGAAAGAACUAAGAAAAGAACUUGAGAACUGGAACCAGGCCCAGCUCAGCAACUCACUAUUGCAAGUAAACAUCAAGUGGACCUUUAAUCCACCUGGAGGUUCACACCACGGGGGCGUAUGGGAGAGACAGAUCAGGACGAUUCGACAGCUGCUCUUCUUCCUUACCAAACAGCAGACCAUGACGGAUGAAAGUUUGCAGACACUCUUCUGUGAAAUAGAAGGCAUUAUCAAUUGCAGACCCAUCACCAGGGUUUCAGACGAUGCUAACGAUCUAGAGGCUCUGACACCAAACAAGCUCCUGACGUUGAAGGCUACCCCGAUGUUACCCCCAUCGGUUAGUAGGCAGACCGACUGCUACGCACGACGUAGAUGGCGGCAGGUUCAAUAUCUGGCAGACGUCUUCUGGCGACGUUGGCUGAGAGAGUACUUGCCGCAGCUCCAGGCCAGGCAGAAGUGGGUACAUCCUAGUCGCAACAUCCAGGUUGGUGACGUAGUGCUGGUAGUGAACGAGACAGCACCUCGUAACUUCUGGCUCAUGGGAGUAAUCAUCGGCAUCACUCCAGAUCGACAGGGCAUGGUUCGACGGGCGGAGGUGAAGACCAAGACGGGCACCUAUUCGCGACCCAUCAGCAAACUGUGUCUCCUCUUGGAAGGAGAUUCAUGA